UUGGUUAGUGGGCACGCCCACAACGUCACAUACACGAUAUCAAAAUGGCGUCGAUCUCAGAGCCUCUUACAAAACCUUCCAGUAAUUCUCUCGGGACUCCAGAGGAUGUGAAAGAUAAGGCAGAGGACUCCUCAGAAGAGGAAGGACUCAUUAAAGACGACGAGGAAGACGAAGAGAAGAAUAAUGGAGUAGGGAAUGAUAUAGAGAAUGACACAAAUGUUUCUCCGGAUGCUUCUAAUUCCAAGAAGAAGCACAAACACAAAAAGCAUAAGAAACACAAACACAAGAAGCACCACAGAAGAACCAGUAAAGACGAGACCGAUCAUCAUAAGAUUCACUCGACUAAAAGAGACAAGAACGAAUCCUCUCACAAUGGCCACUCCUCUCCGCUAAAUGACUCCGCCCAUUUCUCAUCCAAAAGAAAAGACUCAUCUUCGUCAAACGAGCGGCCGUCACGGAGACGGUCGCCACGGCAACCAUCUCGCUCGCCCGAGAGAAGAAAGCGUUCUCGUUCACCUCGACAAAGAUCUCGCUCACCUAGAAAUGAUCGAAGUCCGUCGCCAAGAAGAUCGAAAAUAUCUCGUAGAUCACCUUCGCCAAGAAAACGUUCCCCACCAGCACCUUGGAUAUCACCAAAGAGGAGGUCACGGUCGCCACGACAACAGUCACCACGGCAACGGUCACCACGGCAACUCUCCCCAUCCCCCUAUCAAAGGAGAAGGGAUUCUCACUCUCCUAAAAGAAGAGGGUCUCGUUCUUCCUCAAGGAGGAGAGAGAGGAGGAGUGAGGAGAGAUAUGGUAGGAGGUCUCCAGGGAGGAGGAGGAGGAGCAGAUCAAUGGAGAAUAACAGGAGGAGAUCAAACUCACCUAGGAAAAGGUCACCGUCCCCUCGUAGGAGGAGCAGAUCAGGAUCAAGAAAGAGAAGGGAUGAUCCCCUCCCCUCCUCCUCUACUAGGAGGUCAGUCAGUCCGGCGAGGAGAAGGUCUCGUUCCCCUAGACGUCGGCCUCGUUCACGGUCGCCACGACGAUCACCUCAUCGCUCGAGGAGGACUCUGCCCCGUAGGAGGUCCCGUUCUCCCCCUGGACGGUCGUCAAGGAGACAGGAUAGAUCAGGGAGCCCUCAUGAGAGGAAGAGAGAGGAGAAGAAGGAGAGAGAAUCUGAAGAGGAGGCUGUAUUGGACGUAUCGUUAGAGUCUGAAGAUGAUGAAGAUGCUAUUAUUGAGAAAAGACGUCAAAUGAGGAAGAACAUUGAACAGAAAUAUCAAUAUGUUCAAUUAUCAGUUGAUAGUGUUAACCCCAGUCCUGCAGUAUCAGUCAGUGCUAUUAGUGAUGAUGAUUCUGAUAUUGUGGCAAAAGAGGCAACUGAAGACUUGGAAAAUACCAUCACUGAGGCAGAAAGGAAGCUCUCCACAGGUGAUGUUCCUCCAGUAUUAAGAACUGAUGAUCAGUUGAUGAGUGAAGAUGAGGUCAAAGAGAUAAAGACAGGACUGAGUGCCAUGAAGACAGCAGUUGUACUGGAUAUAUUCAGUGAAGAGGAUAUCACUGGGAAGGAGAAGUCAUGGCUGAGUCCGAGUAAGGCACUGUUAGCUGAUGGUAUUGGAGAGAAUGAUCAUUUAACUGAUAACUGGGACGAUGCUGAAGGAUAUUACAGAGUGCGUAUUGGUGAGCAACUAGACAGACGGUACAUGGUCUAUGGGUACACUGGUCACGGAGUGUUCAGUAAUGUAGUGAGGGCUAGGGAUACCUCUAGAUCAAGUCAAGAAGUAGCCAUCAAGAUAAUCAGGAACAACGAGAUGAUGCACAAGACUGGCAUGGCUGAGUUGGAAAUAUUAAAGAAGUUAAAUGCGACUGAUCCUGAUGACAAGUUCCACUGCAUUCGAUUAUUCAGUAACUUCUUUCACAAGAACCACCUGUGCCUGGUAUUUGAAUCAAUGAGUAUGAAUAUUCGUGAAGUGUUAAGGAAGUAUGGUAAGAACAUUGGUCUCCAUAUCAAGGCAGUGAGGUCAUACAGUCAACAGUUGCUGUUAGCACUGAAGCUGAUGAAGAGAUGCACUAUACUUCAUGCUGACAUCAAACCAGAUAACAUACUGGUGAAUGAGUCCAAGUUGAUGUUAAAGUUGUGUGAUUUUGGAUCAGCAUCAUUCAUACAGGAUAAUGAGAUUACACCUUAUCUUGUGAGCAGGUUCUACAGGGCACCCGAAAUAAUUAUAGGUUGUAAGUAUGACUAUGGUAUUGACAUGUGGUCAGUCGGUGCUACACUGUACGAACUGUACACUGGUCAAAUACUGUUCCCUGGUAAAAGCAAUAAUGAGAUGCUCAAGUUGAAUAUGGAGCUGAAGGGGAAGAUGUCACAUAAAAUGGUCAGGAAGGGAAUGUUUAGGGAGAAUCAUUUUGAUAGUAGUUUCAACUUCUUGUAUCAUACUGUGGAUAAAGUGACUCAGAAGGAGAAGGUUGUGGUGAUGUCUUCAUUCAGUCCUCAACGUGACCUUCUAGCAGACCUGGUUGGUUCCCAGUCUCCAAGUGAAGCUCACCUGAGGAAGAUUCAUCACUUCAAGGACUUCCUUGAUAAGAUAUUUAUACUUGAUCCAACCAAGAGGCUCAGUAUCAAUCAAGCACUACAGCAUCCAUUCAUCAUUGAGAAACUAGACUAGUAGUACAUCAAUGUACUGUGUACUGAUAAUGCUAAUAAUAAUAAUAAUAAUGAACUAAUAAUUGUGACUUUUUAAUUUUAGAGUAAUUCCUGGUCUCCUCUCUCUCCUCUCUUCUCUAACGAGGUUGUCUGUCCUUGUCCUAACAGAUAUUAGCUCCUUUUGCUAAACCUGUAAUUACUAACACACAGCCUUCAUAAUGAAGACACUCUCUUCAUAUUAUAGUGCUGCCUCUACUGCACUAUAGGCUCUGUAUUGAGCUGGAGUCAUCACUUUAUGCACUGCCUCAUGUAUUGUCAUUAAAUGCCUGAGGCUAGUUAAUAUUUAUAUGUUGAUAUUUUGUGUGUGAUCCUCUCUCUCUCCUUCUCUUAAGAACUUGUUCAGUACAGGAGGUCCACUGGAGGUUGUACUGUAGUACACUGUACACUGUUUGCUGUUUGAAGGUUUUGGCAUUGAGUGUAUUAAUAAGUAAUGGAAUUUUAUGGUUCACACAAGAUUGCAAAUAAUUAUUGUGAUUUCAUUAUAUUUAUUUAUUUAUUAUUCUUCAUAGGUUGAGUAGUAGUGGAUCAGAUCUCUUAGCCUACCAAAGGAAGACUGUCUUACAACUGUAUAUACUCUGCUGAGAGGAAGCUCUCCACAGGUGAUGUUCCUCCAGUAUUAAAAACUGAUGAUCAGUUGAUGAGUGAAGAUGAGGUCAAAGAGAUAAAGACAGGACUGAGUGCCAUGAAGACAGCAGCUGUACUGGAUAUAUUCAGGAGGCUGUGGACCUGAACUACUAUCUCAUUCAUAUUACUCAAGAUCUAUAGACUCUGAACUAAGGACUAUAUAACAAUAUCAGAUUGAUUUAUUACCAUUUCUUCAUUGGUCCUGCAAUAAUUAUAAUCAAAAUUCA